ACUGUGACGAGGGUUUCUCUUUACUGGGUAGGAGGAUGGUGACAUGUCUUGAGUCAGGGAGUUGGGAGGAAAGGACGUGGUGUUCACCUGAUGAGGGAGGAGGAACUCUAGCUGUCUCCAGACCAGUGUUUGAUGCUACCCGGCUGGUCCGGUGGGCUGGGCAGAUGGCGGUUCAGAGCCCGAUGUCCAGGUGGUCAUGUCGUCUGGACGUGUAGGUGUCUUCAAACGGCAGAUUUUCCCGGGAACUGUGAGGGUAGUGAGAUUAGUGUUAAUGGAAAAGACUGUUAUUUCACAAACUCUCCCAACAAUAACCUCGUUAAAAUGACGGGAUAUGCAGUUUGUGUGAAAAACAAGACAGUACCAGAUCACUGCGACUAUUUCUCUGAGAUCCCGGAACUAAUCCACACGAGAUCCACAGCUUCAAACCACCCCAGCAUCUCCUGUGCAGUUUCAUCUCACCCUUCUCCUGUUUCCUGUACUGUGGCUGUUAUUGAGGGAGACAGCUUAACUCACUGGAGGGAAUCAGAAGAUGUCACUAAAGGCACAAGUGAGGCGGUGAUAACUGAAGAUGGGGUUUGCUCUGUGAAGUGUUUUGAUGAGAGUUUAGGAUCCUGUGUUCUUAGUCUCAUAUGUGCUGCAUCUGGUGAUACGUCUCCGCACAUAAUGGCAAACUGUCCCACGUGCAAAGAAAUGAUCUGCCCUCCGUUUAGGGAUUGCAGGAUCAUUGAUAACCUACCAACAUGUACCAUGGCGUGUGAAGGUUUCCUGGUGCCAGACGGACACGUGAAUAUCACGGGAACGACAGCUGAGGUCACGUGUGACAACAAAUACUCGUACUCUGUGAACAGUAAACACAUGUGUACACUAGACGGCAGAUGGGAACCACUUCCGGGAAAAUGUGUACUGCAAGAUUGUGAGACAUACACAAUGCGAAGAAAACGAAUACUGUAG